AUGGCCUUCAGGCACAGUGAUGUGUGUCUCUUCUUGGCCAGUGCGGUGACGCGCUCUGCGCACCCCUGCUGCAGCACACGGGUGCUGCGCCACACAGGCAAGAUCGUUAUCCCAAAGCUGCCGAGUGUGCAGCAGCAGGAAAGCAGCGUUGCUGCCUCAGCAGCCGUAUUGUCCUCAUCACCAUCGUCGUCUAAGCGUCGGAGUGAGUACCGCGAAAACAAGCAUCUAGACCCUCGAGUUGCGCAGUUCCUUGCUGGCAACGCUGCCGACACGCUGCGGCGGCAGCAGCAACUCGACCAGUUCCGCACUGCCACCGACAAUGCGGCGGUCAAAGUGUGGCGUGACUCAAAAGGCCAUCUACGCCGCCACGAGGCGCUCGUAAAGGAUAUGGGUGUGGAAGGUGCGGUGCGGGAGAUGCUACAGCCCACACGAGUCUCCUUCCGGCACGAGCUGCGCCAGCGCCCCCUAGACCGCGGCAUCCUGGAGGAGGUCUACAAAGGCCUCCACGGCAGGCGCAUCGAGCGGCGGCUGAAGCGCGGUGUGUCGUGGGAGCACUGGAUCACGAAGGGGGACGGUACCGCGCCGGUGUUCACUGCCUCACGGAAGGCACAGCAGACAUUCGCCUUUGGUGGAGCGAUUCGACUCGAGGCAAAGGCCACACAUGCGAAGCAGUUCCCCAUUCUUCACCCCAACGGAAAGCGCGGCCGUGGAAGCAGCAGCAAAAGUAAAAGCGAAAACAAAAACAAAAUCAGUGGUGAGGAUAAGGUUGCCCUAUUGGAGGAAGAAGGAGCGGUGCAGCGACUCGUGCCGGAACUCGCCUUUAUUGGCCGUACCUCUAGUGGUAAGUCCUCCUUGAUUAACGCCAUUGUGAACGCCAUGGUUGCGCCGUAUGGCCACCUGCAGGGCACGACAAGCUCGGUAAACUUCUACAACGUGGCCAACAAGGUGGUACUAGUGGAUUGUCCUGGCUACGGGUACUACAACCCAAUGGAAACGCCGGAUAUGGACGCAGCGAACGCCGUCGCCGCCAUGCGAGCCUAUCUUGCAACGUGCAGCAGCAGCAGCAGCAGCAGGCGCUCUGGUGAAAGCACGAGGGGUGGUGGAACGAGUGAGGCGGGGCGCCAUGGUUCGUAUCAGGUGCGGCCUAUCAGGCGUGUCUUUGUGUGCAUCUCAGCGCGUGGGCUGCAGCACACCGACAUCGCGUACCUCGAUCACCUCGAGGAGUUGGGCGUGCCCUUUUCCGUCGUGCUCACAAAGACAGACGCUGCGCCGAUACGCUUUCUCACGCGGCUCGCCGACCACACCCGCUGCAAGCUUGUCCAUUACAAGCACUGCAAGGAACUCAUGCUGACGAGCUCCCUGCGGCUGGCGGGAAUCGACAAGAUGCAGAGCCUCAUUGGCGGCAUGGCACUCGGCGAGGACAAACUCCACGGCGCCACCACUGACUUCAGUACCAUUGUGUGA